AUGCAAGCUCAAACCGCCACCAUGCAAAGUUUUGCUGCUCAAAUUGCCGAGAUGCAAGCUCAGCAGCAAAAGUACAACGACAAGAUCGACUCCCUCCACGUCACCAGCGACGGACGAGUCAUCCCGACGGGACGAACCCUCUUCCAGACGCCGACAAGAAGCACCGCCGCGACUGGCUCUAAUGCCGCGACGAAUGGUGAGAAAGACACCGACCCAGAAGUGGCCAAGCUGCACCGCGAUCUCGACGCAAUCAGCUCCAAAGUGCACUGUGCCAUCUGCUCGGCACCCGAGAUUGCCAAAGUCCUCGCCGAGACGAAAAGAAGUCUAUUCACUUGUCGCAUCGCCAUGAUACCUCUAAGGGAUCAGACGACUCUCCGUCUUCAGUUCUACAACAAGGGUGACGAUCCUCGAAACUGGCUAAGAAACUUCGAGAUGGCCAUGAGAAGGCAAAAAUAUGCCUCCCCCGAAGAACAAGACACAAAUUACUGUCAAGUGUUCAUCGAGCACAUGAACAAAGAUGCAACGAGCUGGUUUUCGAAUCUUCCCGCCGAGACCAUCAAUAGCUUCAACGAUCUCACCACGGCAUUCAUGAAACUUUUUGGCAUGUUUAUGUCAAAAGGCAGCACCAAUCUUUUCACUAUGGCACAGGGAAAAGAUGAACCUCUUCGCGUAUUUGUCGAGAGAUUCAAAACAGCAGCAGCAGAUCACUCAGACAUCCCUGACGCGAGAGGAAUCAAAGCUUUCGAAAACGGGCUUUGGUUCGAAUCAAAGUUAAAAGAGAGUUUGAUACUCGACGAACCCGCAACCCUCCAAGACGCUUAG